AGCCAUGGUUACAGUAUACUACCUCACGUUCUCACGUUGUUACAUGGUUGGGGUUUUUUUUGCCCUCCACACGCCUAUAUAGCCCACGACAGCCAAAUAAUAAUGAAUCAUUUCAUAAAUAAUGGCUUUAGGGGCUUAUCGGGAAUGAAGAGGCCGCCGCCGUGAGCUUAUCUCCCUCGGCCACAUUGCGGCCUGUGUUCCGCUCCCUCAGCGUGGGGAGCGCGCACUGCAUGCUGCGUGGAAUAACUCAGUUCCAACACGCGCGCGCGCACACACACACACACACAUACACAAAACACACACUGGAAGUAGGAAAAAAAAAACGUCAGACAUGGAUGACCCACUCACAAAAUGGCUCCACUUACACGGUAGCAUCAACAACACCACUCCGACGCACAUUUCACAUCGUCACAUGAGUGAUGACUAAAUCGUCUUAUUUUGAUCCGGACCUAUUGGAAUAACAUAAAAACGGAAAGAAAAUGAUGGAAAAAAGGCAACCGGACCUUUGUCCUGGAAGUCCAGAUGCAGAGUCCGGUCCUGGAAAGCCUGAUGACUCGAUCAUCAUCACCAGACACAUGGAGGAGGAGGAGGAGGAGGAGGAGGAGGUGAAGAGGAAGAAGAAGAAGAAGGAGGAGGGGGAGGGAGAGAGGGCAGAGGAGACGGAUGACGUCCCCCUGCAGAACUCGACUAACGGGACCGUCAUCAUCAUCAACGGCGUUGCCAAGGAAACUGCCUCUCACGACGACGCCCUUGACCUGAAAAGGGAAGUGCCGGUGAUCGAGCUCUCCAGGAGGGACGCUAUAAAGGCGCUGGAGCAGAGGGCUGAGAGCCAUUUGGUGCCCAUCACGGAACUUCGCAGACCUCCACCGCUGCCGCUGCCGCUGCCGCUGCCGCACACACAACGAGACGACGCUCGAAUGGUCCAGCUGAGCCCAAACGCGUUUCCUGUCCCGGCCCGGGCCAUGCUCUACAACCUGGCGCAGCCUCUCGCCGCCAUCAACAGUCUCGCAGGGGAGUCUGAGCAGUACAGCAUGUACCCCAGCAACAGGGUAAAACGCCGCCCGGCGCCUUAUGAGGUUGAACUCGACGAGGCUGGCCAGCCAAAGAUCGUCCGGCGUAUCUUCACAAACAGCCGUGAGCGUUGGCGGCAGCAGAACGUGAACGGUGCAUUUGCAGAGCUUCGUAAACUCAUCCCUACUCACCCUCCGGACAAGAAGCUGAGCAAGAACGAAAUCCUGCGUCUUGCCAUGAAGUACAUCAGCUUCCUCUCCAACCUCCUGGAGGACCAGGACGGAGGACGCAAUGUUGGCACCACAACUGAGGGGGAAACCGGGAUCAUCGUCGGGCCCCAUGAGGGUGUCCCCCAGGGUGGACCGCGUCAGGACACGGUGGUCGGCUUGGCAAGGGAUGACGUGCUGGGGACAAUGUCACCUGGUUCGAGCUGCGGAAGCUUGCCCGACGGCGACGGCGAGGGCAGCCCAGAGAGCUUCAUGGAAGAUCAGGACUCGCCGCCAGCUCCGAGGACUCUACCGGCGUCACGGGGCCCCGCGCUACAUCUUGCUGCUCGGGAUCUGAGGCGCAAUGGACGCCUGCUGGAUGGCUCUGGUCGGCGAUGAUUCUGUCGCCACAACAGCAGGAACACAACACGUAAGACUGAAAGUGGGACUGAAAAAGGGUGCAAAAGGGUGCAUUCGUUGAAAGCGUUGUUACCUUUGAGAGGUGGACCUGUGAGACAACAUAGACAACAUGGGCCUGACAACCUACUGUACCUUCCUGUCUCCACACUUGACGCCACUGACUGGCUGGAAUGAUGUGGAGGUUCAGUCCAAACAACUUGUAAAUUCUGCAUGUCUCUUAUUUUUGGAGUGUAGAUUGAAACAUGUCUUUGUUUGGACACAAGAGUAAAUGUCAGGGAAGCAUAAUUGAAUGGAGCCCAAAUCCCUUGUCUAGAUAUUUAAAAAAUGUAAAAAUAAAUAAAUAAAUAAAUAAAUAAAUAAAAAACACCAAUGUGCAAUCAAAGUAAAACCAAACAAUAAUGACACAAUAUUGUCCAAAGUGAAGCAAGAUGUGUUGACUUUUAACCACUGCUUAAGUGAUAAUACUAUUGGUUACAAUAAGGUAUAGCCAAUUAUUCAACUCAAAUUGCCUAAAAAUGUAAAAUAGCCUGUUCUCAUAGACUUUAGAAGGACUUCACGGCAUACGACCGGUUGUUUGUGCAUGAAGAGUGCACAGGCAUCAUGAUGCUAAUGUUAACAUUUAAUGGGAUUUUCUCCCUAAAUGCUCCUGAGAACACACUAACACUCACACGGAGUCCUAUCAUACUUUUGCAGUGGUGUCUUGUAAAUAGCUUUCUAUUUUCCACUGAACAACGUAAUGUGGUUUAAGAUGUACCUUAGUGUAUGUUUGUUACAUUUAGGCCUACUUGCAGAUUUGCAGAGAGGAGUCGGGUGAAGAGCGAACGGCCGAGCGUCGUACAUCAAAUGUUGGUACCAUUUACUCCUGUUCCAUUUUCAAAAACAGGAAGAGAUGAUUUCACUGCCUGAAGGUGAAUUCAUGUGCUUGGGGAGGUACAAGAACAUGCAGCGAUUGUCGAGGUGUACAAAAUAUGGGUCACGACAUUGACUCAUGAAGUCAUUUGGACAUGAAUGUGUGUUUUUUUUUUUGUAGUUUAGUAAGGUACACAAAUAAAUCCCUUCAUUGCCACGUUUAAAAUAAA